GUAUUAGUUUUUAUUUCGGUUGAAGAAAUUUAAUCCCACUGGGAAAAAAUAAGUUGAAAGAAAAUCAUUUUCAACAUUGAUUAUUUUUUUAUUAUUUAAGUAUUAAUCAGUUAUCUUUAAAUAUAUAACAUGUUAUUCAAAAAUAACAGGGGAAUAUAAAAGAUAAAAAAUGAUUGUGUGCUAAAUACUGCUACAAAUUUUGGAUUAUAGCCAAGUUAUUUGUACUUAGUACAUUCACAUUCAUAUUACAAUAUAAGUAUUAGAUCUUCUAUUUCCUACAUAAAAUUUUCCAUAAGUACUUCUAAUAUCUUUAUAAAUUUAUUUUUCAAGAAUAAAAUAAAUUUACAUUAUAUUAAUCACUUAUUUUUGUUUUGUUUUAAUAAAUUAAUAAAAAUAUUGAAUCUUUAUAUAUUUGUAUCUAUUAUAUUUCAAGCAAAUUUUAAAUGACUUGAAUACUAGAAAUGAUUUCUUCCUAUUUUCAGCACUUAAAUGUGUACAAUAUCACAAAAAUAUAAUAAUAUAAUAUUUUUACAUUUGUUUUUUAUUACUUGUAGAUCAUAUAUGGUAUUAUUUAAAAAUGCAAAAUUAUAUUUUUAAUUAUACAAACAAAAUAUGUAGUGUAGUAUUGACAUAAUAAAUUUCUAAUAGAUUAAAUUACACUAAGAGCGUAGUUGCUUUGAUUGUGUAGUUAACAGUCUUUAGUUCCCUCUUUCAUUUUCCUAGAGGUAAUUUUAGUCUCACCUCAUAGUCUUAAUCUUAGUACAUGUACUACUUUGGCCAAUGCAAUAGCCAGUAAUUCUUUGAGUAAGCAACUUCUAAUAAAGUACAUAUUUAUUACAAGUAUAGAAAUUUGUUGAAUAAAAAAGUGAUGUUAAUAUAAAUAAAAAAAUUAAAUAGUAAUCUUUGUAGAAGUCAUAUCUAAUUUUAUUUCAAAGUAAAUUGUUGUUACUUUUAUAACAUCUUAUGAUUAUAAUAUGGAUCUAGCAAAAGAGUUAAUAUUGAAUCUUAAACAAAAGAAUGUAUCACAUGUGGGAUAUGGCUUACAAAAGGAAUGUGAAGCUCUUAUUGGACAUAUUUUACAAAAUAUGGUAAAAUCUCAAUUACCACCAUUAAAUGUUGAAAGAAAAAAUGCAGAUGAUGCAAUUAGAUAUAGGGAAGAAGGAAAUCAACAUUUUGUUGUGGGUGAUGACAUUGAUGCUAUAGAGAGUUAUACUAAAAGUUUAGCAUAUGCUAAUAAUAAAGAGUUAAUGGCAUAUGCACAUGCAAAUAGAUCUGCAGCUUUGUUCAGAAAAGAAAUGUACAAAGAAUGUUUGAUAGAUAUUGAUGCUGCUUUAUUAUGUGGAUAUCCAGAUAAUAAAAGAAAAAGACUUAAGGAAAGAGGAGCCAAAGCGAUCGAUGAACUUAAGAAAAUUUUACAAAUAUCCGAGGAUAAAUGCACUAACAUUGAAAAAAUUAUAGAUCAAAUUUGUUUAAAUCAAGAUACAAAAGAAGAUAUUACAAAAACAGAUACUAAUGAUAUUAUACAUGCUAAUGACAAGAAUAAAGAAAAAAAUUUAUUGCCUGAUAAUCAAUAUCAUGAAAAACGAUUUUUUAAUAUCAAUCAUUUACCAAUCAAAUGUACAACACAAAAGCCAAGGUAUUUAGAGAAAGAAGGUUCUUUAUUUCUCGCUUAUGGUCCAAAUAAAGAGUGCCCUGCUGCCAGCGAUGGUAUCAAAAUUGUUUUUUCUAAAGAAUUUGGACGUCAUUUUAUAGCUACAAAAAAUUUUAAUCCAGGAGAUAUAAUUACCAUCGAAAAUCCGUAUGCACACGUCAUCUAUGAGGAAAGGUUUUAUACACAUUGUCAUCAAUGUCUUUCAAGAUGUUAUAAUUUAAUACCAUGCUCAAAUUGUCCAAUUGCACAAUAUUGUUCAGAAGAAUGUAAGAAGAUAGCUUGGGAUAUGGCUCAUAUGACAGAAUGUCCAAUUUUGGUACUAUUAAAAAAUUUAUUGAAUGUUGAUAAAGACAAGAUAAGAAUGCUUACUAAAAUUAUUAGACUUUUAAUUGUAGUAACAGAAAAUGGUUCCAAGAUAAAGGAAUUACAAGAAGAUAUGAAAAUUGCUGAAUCCAAUCCUGAUAGCAGAACAGCAGGUUUUACAGAUGAGGGUGUAUUCUAUAAUUUUAGUGCUCGAUCUGCUUUAAGUCUUGCAACAAAUAUGAUUACUAGACCAUUGAUCGGUAUCAGUGCAUUUGCAUGUAUUUCAGCUCUUGCUACUAUUCUUCUAGCUACACAAACUAAUUUCUUUGGCAAAAAAUAUGAAAUAGAUUAUUUGGAAGAUAUAAGUGAAUUUUCUGAUUUAAGAUUUUGUGGUAGUAUUAUGUUUCGAGCUUGUGUUAUUAUGUCUUCUAAUUGUUUUUCAGUACAACAAGAGCCAGGAAUAAAAUCUGGGUCAGGGUUAUAUGUAACACACAGUUUGUACAAUCAUUCAUGUAGUCCAAAUACGUUUAGACAUUUUGAAGGACUGACUAUGAUUACUCGUGCGUUACAUCCAAUUUUAUCAGGAGAUCAAGUUUUUACAAGUUAUGGCCCUGAAUAUGCAUAUAUGCCACGUUUAGAAAGGAAAGAAAAAAUAAUGCAAGAUUAUUUUUUUGACUGUCAAUGUCCUGCAUGUGUAUUUAAUUGGCCCAUAUAUACCGAAAUACUUCGUAAUCACAUUGGUUCGAUUACCAAAAAUAAGCAACUUGUAGAAGAAUUAAAACCCUUUAAACAAAGAUUGCUUAAGAACAUUUACGAUAUUGAUGCAGUAAAAAACGUUCUUAAUAUUUUAUUUAAAGAAGUAUCUCAACCAUGUGAGGAGAUAGUUCAUGCAGAACAAUAUCUAAAAAGUUAUUAUUUAGGUAAAUUUAAGUGAUUUUAAUUAUUGCAAACAAAAUAAUAAUCGCUUGGCUUGCUUACAUAUAAUGGCUUAUUUAUAUGCUUUAAACAAAAACUGCUUUAUUUUCCUUAAUACCCAUGCAGCUUCUUAUAAACUAGCUCCAAUAAAGUUGCUUUUCUUGCAUUAACAAAUAUUGUUUUUUUAAGUAUUUUGCUAUUGCUUUAUUUAUAAACAUAUGGAAAGAGUUAAUGCUAUUAAUGACAUAAACAAUGAACUUGUGUAUUAUAUAUUAUAUAUUUUGU